AUGGCCGCGCCUUCUCCUCUCCUUGUCUUUUCUGCUCCGAAACGGAGCGCAUUGAAUCCGACAGAUGCUUUGGGGUCCACUCUUCGGAAUCGCGGUACCUCCAACUCCGGGGACAAUGACGAACACCGACUUGCUCCUUCCCGUUCCUCCUCUCCUUCUUCUCCCUCUUCUUCUUCUUCUCCCUCUUCUCCCUCUUCUUCUCCUUCUUCCUCUUCGUCCUCCUCUUCUUCCUCUGCUUCGGAGCCUCGGAGGGUUUUGUCUUCGAUCUUGUUGAGCAACUUGAAGGCGAAGCAGAAGCGUCUGCGCGAGGCGCGCGAAGCGGAGGAGAAGGAGAGGGCACUGCAUGCGGAGGAAGAGAAGAAGAAGGAGGAACGCGCGCGUCGGCGAAAGGCCCGGGAGGCCCUCCUGGUGAACAAGAAGAAGCAGCGGAAAGAGACCCACAAGCAGCGCGUUCUGAGGAGCGCUGCCCGGCGCCAGUACCUGCGAGAAAAGCGGGAGCGGCUCGAUCGCAUGUUUCUGGAAGACACGCAGACGCAGCGGAGCAGCGAGAAGGGGCGUUUGGGCAGAGGGUUUGCGACGGAAGGGCGCCGGGCGAAGAAAGCGAGAGAGAUCCAGGUUCUCCAGGACCUCCUCGAAAGCAGCGUGAUGGUGAUUCAACUCGAGGCGCACGGCUUGACGCCGAACCAGCGAUGGAGCAUCGUCCGUGGCCUCGCGCUCGCUGGCUUCUACAAGGGCUAUCGCAUCAAGCACGGGAAGAACAGCUACAUGCGAGUUGCACUUCGAAGAAUACUCGAGCGAAGGCAAAGAGAAGAACAAGAGGCGCGAGCGAAACCUCCGAAACCCGCGACAGAACUCUGUGCCCCAGGAGGCACCGCACCGCAGGGGAACUCUCUCCCAGGCACACCGGGAAGGCUCGAGUCUCCCACCGUUUCCCCUUCUCCUGCCUCUACUCCUUCUUCUCUCUCUGCUUCUGGUGUGGCGUCUGGUUCCUCCUGGCGGCCCGUGGCGCGCCGGGUGCGUCGCGACUUUUGGAUUACCCACAACGAGGAGCUGGCGUUCAAGGCUGCGUUGCAUCAGGUGGACAUUUCGGGGAACAAGGUGAAGCGAGCCUUGGAGCCGGAAGAAGAAGAGACGUACCAGGCUCUCGAAGCGGACGAGAAGUUUCGCGAGCGGCGGGUGGCGGAGCGUCUGGAGGCGAAUCUUCGUUCGGCAGUAUGGAGAGACGACCCGCGAUUUUCGCAUCUCGCGAUUGGCAUGACUCGAGGCGGGGUAUGGACACAGUGGGAAGACGACGAAGAGCUAGACGAGGAGAAGACGGAGGAGAUACCGGAAGAGGUGAAGGAGGCAGGGAUGCCGUACAUGGACGUCGACGACUGGACAGAUCUGUUUGAAGAAGAAAUCCGGUGCAUGCGCAAAGCGAAGGAAGAGGCUCGCGCACGCGAACAAGAAAUCCUCAACACUCUGCCUCUCGAGGGCGAGGUCACGGCCGUCGCGGAGAACGGCGAAGCGCUGAUGAAGCACUUGGGAAAAACCAACUUGUACCUCUUCGUUCGAGCCAUGCCGAAGAACGAGAAGCGACUGCCACUGCUCGUGAAGACGCUCACGAUGCUGCUGGAGGAAAUCGUUUUCGACAACCGCGUCAAGAAGGAGCAGAAAGGCCCGCCGCCGAGAAAAUACAAAGGACAGUGGUACGACGAGGAACUCCUCCCGCACAUCUCGCCCGAGAUCGCCGCUUCCAUGGGCUUCGAGCCGCCAGCGAAGGACGGAAAGCCGGGGCCCAGCAAGAACGCCGGCGCCCGAGGCGGAGCCAGCCCGGCGGAAGUGGGAAGAGAGGCGGUCGGAGGCGAAAUCAAGGUGGCCUUUCUCGGACGGAGUGUGCUGACUCCCGACCAACUGAACGAGUUCGCGAGGCGCGCGCCGACACGAGAAAACUUGAUGCAAAAGCUCGGAGGCUCUCUGAUCGGAGUCACCCAGCGUCUCGCCUGGUCACUGCAGGCGGUGCCGACUUUUCUGGCUUCGGCAGUGCACAACGUCGCCGAGCAGAAGACCUCGAGCGCCGACGAGAAGACAAUCGAGACUGGAUAG